UUCAAGAAGCAAGAUGGAAUUACAUUCUUCCACUUUUACAGGUUUUAAAGCAGAAUUAGAAAUAAAGGCUAGGAUAGAACUUGGAGAAACGCCUGAAGUUAAAAAAGAGACAUUAAUAGAGCUCAAACGACUUAUUGAAAAAGUUCCUGAUUUGAUUCCCUUGAUGGAAGACGAUUUUUUGAUUAGAUUUCUCCGGGUGUCAAAAUUUGAUGUGCAGAGAGCCCUCAAAAGGAUCUUAAAGUAUUAUGAAGUCAAGAACAAAUAUUCCAAGAUAUACACGGAUUUUUUGCCAUCGGAAAUGAAAGCGACUUUGGACAUGAACAUGCUAAUUACUUUGCCGAAGCAUCCUUCCUUUGGACCCACAAUUUUCUGGGCUAGAAUGGGUCAGUUUGACUCAUCAAAAGGUACUCUCACAGAUGUUGCUGCUUUAGCCAUAAUCAAAGGCGAAAUAGAUUUACAAAUAGAGUCUUCGCAAAUUCAUGGAGCUCACAUUAUUUUGGACUUCAAAGAUUGUACUUUGCAACAAUUGUAUCAACUUUCAUCCGUAAGCAUUGCGAAGAUGUAUAUCAAAUAUUUACAGGAAUGUUGGCCAUGCAGGCUCAAGGGCUUUCAUGUAAUUUAUGAGCCAUUACCUAUGCACCAUUUUUGCCUCUUUAUCGCUACUUUCUUACCAAAAAAGUUGAAACAAAGGGUUUAUAUUCAUGGAGAUGAUGUAAAAUCUCUACACCAGUAUAUUCCUUCAGAGACCCUUCCUCCAGAGCUCGGUGGAGCAGCAGAAUCAAUCAAUAUGCACAAGUAUCAGUCUUUCGUCCUCAGUCAAGAAGCAUACAUACAGAAACUCAAUCAGUAUGGCUUCAUCAAAAACACCAAACCACACUGAAACAUUUCAAAAUUUAUUAGUUAGGUUUCUUGAAAGUUAUGUAUAUAGAGAAAAGAAAUAUUUUUACGAAAUAUCAGUAUUAUGUAUUUUACGAAAAUUUCCUAUGUGAAGCAGGUUGAAGGGUUCUGAAAUAUGUAAUAUAAAAUAUAGACUAAUAUUGCAACAAGUUUGAGGAAAUGUACAAUGAUGUUAAUAUUUGUCCACUCAAGUUUAGGUUUAUUAUCUUCGGAAUUGCUCUGUAUUUCUCAGAAAAUGAAACUGUGUAUAUUCUAGACCAACGGUUCUCAACCUCUUAACUAACACGUACCAUUUAAUCAAAAACUGAACACCUUUAGUACCACCAUUACAUUUUACAAUGAUUAUUUUUCAGUUCCUUAAUAGAAAUAAUAAUAAUCUGAAAGUUUUCAGA